AUGCUCAACAACCUCCUGACAUCAGAUGAGCUGCACCCAUCUGGGAGCUUCCAGCCAGCGGAGAGAAGUCGGAGCGUAGAGAAACCCGGCGGAGGGCGCUUUGGAAAGAGUGGGGGCGCCAGCUGCCCCGCCGCGCCGUCGGUCCGCGCCGAAGCCUGGCCCGAGGCUCACGGGCGGGCGGGCGGGCGGGUGGCGAGAAGGGGCCGGGGCUCCGGGCGGCCGAGGCGCCCCCUCCUGCGCGCCCGGAGGGAGCGGCCGUGCGCGCCCGCCCGCCCUUUCUCUUUCGCGUCCCUCCCUCCGCUGCCCCCGCCCUCGCUCCCUAUUUGGAGCGGAGACACCCCUGACGUCGGAGCCGCUCGGCUCGCCGCUCCCCCGCACCGCGCGCCCGCCCGGGGCCGCAGACGGCGCGCAGCGCAGCCCAGCCGAGCCUCGCGGGGCCGCCGCCAGCCCUGCCGGCCGCCUCCCCGAGCCUCCCGCGGGCGCCGGGCCUCUCCCCGCCGCGGCCCGCAGACAGCUCCGCAGGAACCGGCGGGCGCGCCGCGCUCCCCGCCGCCGCCGCCGCCGCCGCGCGCGCGUUCUAGGGCUCUACAGGCCGCGGGCACGAUGCUUUGGGUCCUGGUGGGGGCUGUCCUCCCCACCAUGCUGCUGGCCGCCCCCCCGCCCAUCAACAAGCUGGCCCUGUUCCCAGACAAGAGCGCCUGGUGCGAGGCAAAGAACAUCACCCAGAUCGUGGGCCACAGCGGCUGUGAGGCCAAGUCCAUCCAGAACAGGGCGUGCCUGGGACAGUGCUUCAGCUACAGCGUCCCCAACACCUUCCCGCAGUCUACAGAGUCCCUGGUGCACUGUGACUCGUGCAUGCCAGCCCAGUCCAUGUGGGAGAUCGUGACCUUGGAGUGCCCUGGCCACGAGGACGUGCCCCGGGUGGACAAGCUGGUGGAGAAGAUCUUGCACUGCAGCUGCCAGGCGUGCGGCAAGGAGCCCAGUCACGAGGGGCUGAGCGUCUACGUGCAGGGCGAGGAUGCGCCGGGCCCCCAGCCUGGCGCCCACCCCCACCUCCACCCUCACCCCCACCCCGGCGGGCAGACCCCUGAGCCCGAGGACCCCCCCGGGGCCCCCCAUGCCGAGGAAGAGGGGGCUGAGGACUGAGGCCCCGGCUCAUCCUCCCCUCUCAUCCCCUGUGGCAUGUGGGGUCUCGCCCUCCUGGGGGGGAGUGGGGGAGAGGCUGAAGCCCCCCUCUGGCACUGGAUGGACUUGGAUUCAGACUUGGACUUGGAAUGCUUUCCAGUUGCCAUGGAGGUCUGAAGGGAGGGGCUGGAGCGAGCUGCACAAUUUAAUAUAUUCAGGGGGGGAGGAAGCAGACGACUUCAGGCUUCUUUUUCCAAGGGGGAUUCUCCUCCUUUCUGCCUCCUGGAGAUGUGCCCUGGGGAGGGGGAGGAGGCUGGCUAAGCUGCUGAGGGGGGGGUCAGGCCAUCCAAGAUGGCGGGAGCCAGGCUAAGGCCCACACAGCCCUGGCGGGGCGGGGCCCCUGGGGGUGCAGGUGGUGGCGCUGGGGCCCUGAGCUGAGGGUGGGCACUAGGCCAGCGGCAGCCCUGAGGGAGGGGCUGGGUCCCGGCCAGGAAGACAUUAGCAGAAGCAGGAAACUUGGGCCCCACAGGCUUCCCCAGAGGCCUCCCAUCCCCAGGGCAGCUUCUCCCCAGUGGCGCUGAAGUGGCCCUCUCUAGAUGGCGUGGUUGGGAGUCAGGCCUGGGCAGGACCCUGCUGACUCAUGGCCCUGGAGCUGGGAGCCAGGCUCUCUGGGCCUUUCUGGCAUCCUUCGCUUUCCAGGGGGUGGAGGGAGGCAAGGGAGGAACCUUCCUGGGCCAGGGGGAGGGGAUGACUCCCCAGACCAUCACUGAAGAAGAGUAACUGUCUCCCGCUCCAUCUCUGAGCUCUUAGUGCCUCCCACUGCCCCCGAAGUUCUGGGCCCCUCAGAAAGCUGAUGGAGCCAGCCCUACCCUCCUGGGGAGCUCUUUCUAGAUAUCUGACAGUGGGGAGGUUCCAAGACCCAGAGGUUCCAAGGAGGGACCUGGGUGGGAUGGACUCGGGAGGAGCAGGGGCUAGAGCUGAGGCCUCUCUCCAGCUGCCCAGUCCCACCCCCACCCCCUCCCAGCUGCACUUUAACCCUAGAGGGGGCGCGGGGACCAGGGGGAGGGCAGGGCAGGCGGGCAGUACCCAGAACUGCCCGCCAGCCCCCUGCCUGGGGUGCCAGCCCCCACGGCAGUUGUGACAAGAGCUUCUGGAGCUUGUGACCAGUAGAUUGUCUCCCUGACGGACCCGAGUUUUCUCAUGAAUAAAUUCGUUCAAUGCC